AUACCUUCUUAGCAAAGGGCUCUGCUACUCUGGAGAAAUUGAAGGACCUUUGUAAUGAAGGGAAAGAACAUCCUUCCACUCUUUUGCAGCUUUAUACACAGGCUGUCCUAGACAUUACAUAUUUUGAGGAAAACCAACUUGUGGAUGAAGAUUUUCCAGAAGAAGCUUCAGUGCAGAAAGUUAAAGAACUUAUUUGUAUUCUUUCGGAACCAGAAGUCGUAGUGAGAGAAUGCAACAUAAAUGAAGAACCUGUCAACAUCCUUGGUGCAGAGUUGUUAGAAUGUCUUUACUGGAGAAAAGGAGCCUUGCUUUACAUGUAUUGUCAUGCCACAAAAGAAAGGAGUGAAUGGCUACGAGAAAACACUACCGUAUUUAAAAAGUGUCUUAAGGAUGGAGUUCAUUACUUGAUGAAGAUGCUUAGCUUUAGAUGUCCUCUUGAGCUAAAUGAAGAUGUCUUACUUCAAGAUAAAGACACAGCUAGAUUACUCAGUGAAGGUGUAUUUAGCGAGACUCACUUGCUGGCGAUGAUGUACGGUGGAGAAAUGUGCUACUGGGGCCUGCAACACUGUGGAGAAGGGAAGCAGAAAAGUCCAGAGAUGAUGGAUCACAGUGACCUGGGCUGUGCAUCACAGAGCAUGUCACUGGAUUUCCGAGAAAUGGGCAAAAACAUGUUAACGAAGUACGUGGCUGCAUGUGAGGGACCUUUAAAAGCCCAAGGGUGGAACACAACAACCGCAAAACAAAUAUUGGGUUACUUCAUGAAAUCACAUGAAUAA